CUUCUUGAGGAAAUAACUGUUUGACUGAGUAACAGAAAAUGGCUGAAAGUCAUGAACUGUUCGACUGCUCUGUUUGUUUACAAUUACUACAGGAUCCAGUAACGACCAGCUGUGGACACAGUUACUGUAUGAUAUGCAUCAAUGCCUUCUGGGAUAGAAAUAACUCUGGAGGAUACAGCUGCCCUCAGUGCAGGCAGACUUUCAAAGAGAGGCCUGCCCUGAAGAGGAACACACUUCUGGCUGCCCUGUUGGAGGAACACAGGAGGAAGGCCAGUCAAAGUGCUGCUGCUGAAGAUGGUGACACUGAUGCUGAACCCGGGGAUGUUCAAUGUGAUGCUUGCACAGGGAAAAAGAGAAAAGCUGCCAUGUUCUGUCUGGUGUGUUUGGCCUCUUACUGUGAGACCCAUCUGAAGCCUCACUUUGAAGUGACACCACUGAAGAAACACAAAUUGAUACAGGCCUCUGUCGGAAUCAAAGACAACAUCUGUAGUCGUCAUGACAAACUGCUGGAAAUUUACUGCCGUUCAGACCAGCAGGUUAUAUGUCUGCAGUGUGUGAUGGAUGGGCACAAAGGUCAUGACACAGUGACAGUUGCAGCAGAAAAGUGUGAAUCUGAGGUAAGUCAGAUCAGAUAUAUGGAAGUUUUUGUGUCCUGUCCUGUUAUUUUCACAGAAGUUCUAAAAACAUGCUGGUUUGUGUGUGAGCAGAGAAAACUGGACUUGACUAAGCAGGAAAUAACAAACAGAGUGCAGCUGUCCGAGAGGAAAAUGAGGGAGCUGAGGCAAGCUGCAGACUCCAUAAGAGUGAGUACCACACUUUGAUUCAGCAGUACAUUUCUUUACUUUCAAAAGGCUUCAACAAAACUAUUAGAUUAUUGGUUAUUAUUGACAAAGAUAAAUGAAAACCAGGUGUGUGUUAAAUUAGUUGUUUUCUGCACGGAAAAGAGGAAACUCAAGCUUUUCAUGCUUCUGAAACAAGCUGGAGAAAAUGUCCACAUACAUGACUAAAUUUAGAGACAUUUGGUUUGUGUCAUAGAAGAUGUUUUCAGACACAAAGUAAUCAUAAAAAAUGUCAAUCAAUUCCACAUAUUUCAGAGCUUGUGUGUUCCUCCAAAGACUUGAAUGACAACCGUUUAAGUCCCCACCUCCCCCACCGUGGUAACAGCGUUCAACUUGUUAGCAUAAGUAGUACAAGGUAAUAUAACUAACACAUAUAACCAAAUCUCUCAAAAUAAGAUGUUAAUGUUUGGUUUUGUAGCUAAACUCACUUUUGAAUACAUACUGACACCCAGAAUUCUAGAUGUGAGGCUGCGAGAAAUCCUUUUUGGUAGUUUAUGCUGAGCUAAUGAUGAUUUAAAAAAAAAAAAAGUAUUCUUGUUAGAAAUAUUUGUGUUUCCUGGAUAAACUCCACAGAAUAUUGUUUUCUCUAAACCUGUAGUUGGUUAAAAUCCAACGCAAACCAUGUAACCUCUGCAUUGGAUUAACUGACCAGCAUAAAACACCUCUAAACAACUUUUAAGGGUUGUUUGUGUGUUUAUAAAAUGAAUUGUCCAGGCCAGUUACAGAAAAUACAAAAUAUGUCUCUAGUCAUAGCACACUAAACACUGCAUGUUUCCUUCAAGGACUCUGCUUGGGAGGUAUGUGACGAGUUUGAGCAAAUAUGUGCAGAAAACAUUCGUUCAUACGUCUGUUAUAUCGAGAAGAAGUGCUCUGAGAUGAGAGAGAAAGCUGGAGAGGCGGAGAAAGCUGGAGUGGACAGGACCAACAGUCAUCUCAGGGAACUACAGCGUGAAGUGCUUAAGCUGAGGAGGAUGGAGGAUAAACUUGACCAACUUUCACAAACGCAGAACCCCAUUCAGUUUCUCCAGGUAAUGAGCAGAUAUAUGUCUGAUUUCUGUUAUGAUUCUUCUAAAGUCUGUGUUGAGCACUUUGAAUUGCCAUCUUGCUGAAAUACUGUAUACAUGAAUAAAUGUGCCCAGUGUUACAUUUGCCGAGAAUUCCCACCUUUCUCAUUGAGCUGCUAAACUCUGCCAAGUUACAUGAACUUUUGGCCACUUCCUCCGAGCUAUCAUAUAAACUAAAAAAAUACAUCCAGAUACAUAUUUGAAUUGUUGAUUGUCUGAAAUUAUAGUGAUUCAACAAAAAUGGAGGUCAAGGGAUCAUAAUCUACUCCGUUUCUUUUAAAAUGUAGGGAAAUUUAACAAUGUUAGCCUGUUUUACCUGUAAGAUUUUUAUCUAUUUGCUCUGUGCAGGGUUUUCAGGCCUUGGGUGACCUCCCUGUGUCUGCAGCCCAGCAAAAGAGUCUUGGCAUGCUGGCAGAUUUUGUCAAAAGACAGAAAGAUAAAAUGAAAAAUAUGCACAACAACAUGAAGAAGGAUUUAUUCAGUCAUUCUGAAAAAAAUGAGUGUAAGUAAAAUCAUUUUGGGCCUCUACUCCUGACAAUUAGUUUGUUCUCAUGAGUUUAUUUCCUGCACAUUACUUAAGUUUAAGGAGAAAAUUAUCUGUGUUUUUUGAUCAGUGUCAAAUAGACAACAGAAGAGCGAGACAACAACAACAAGGUCCUUUCUUUUGGCCAAAUACAAAAGUAAGUACAGGUAAUAUCCACAGAACAAAUGUGCAUGACAGCUUUAACAAUAAAGAGGUGUUUAAUCUUUUUCUGCAGACUUCAAGGUGGAGGUGGAUCCAAACACAGUAGCUGCAUGUCUUUGCCUGUCUGACACAAACAGUGAGAUAUCCUGGGGAUGUCAAGACCAGGCUCAUCCUGAUCACCCUGACAGAUUCACCUUCUAUCACCAGGCACUGUGCAAAACUGGCCUCACAAGGAGCCACUACUGGGAGGUAGAGUGGGAUGGUGGGGUUGUUGAUUUGGCUGUGUCGUACAAAGGCAUCCAAAGAAAGGGUUCAGGGAAAGAGUGCAGUUUUGGCCACAACAAUCUCUCCUGGAAACUAACCUGCACUUCCUCCGGCUGCACAUUUUGGCACAACAGUCUUCACAAAAGCCGAAUCCAGCCGGUUAUCUCACGUAAAGUUGGCAUACAUCUUGAUUAUGAAGCAGGAACACUGAGCUAUUACAGUAUCUCUGAUGGGAACUUUUUUACAUUGCUACACCAGGUCCAGACCACCUUCACUGAACCUCUCUAUCCUGGCUUCUGUGUUGAUUUAGGUUCAACACUCAAAAUAUGCAACAUCUGACCAAUCAGUUAUUAAGAGGAAUCUGCCUUAGCAUGUAAUAAUGCUAUUAAACCUUGAAAUAAUGGAGAAAAAUGAGGGGCAUCUCAUCCUCCUUGGUUUUGAUCCAUCUGGAGUGCUUUUUGAGACUUUAUAAUGUGGUUUUAGAGCUAACCACAGUACAGGGACUGCUCUACUUAGACUGAUGAAUGAUUGCUUAUGGCUUGCAAUAGUGGAAAAUCUUUGCUCUUUAUUCUUUUAGACUGAAGUAUUAUUGGAAACUUACAGUCAUCCAGAGUUAAUUUGUCCUGUGGGGUACCUCAGGGGUCAGUUCUGGGACCAUUUCUGUUUUCUAUGUAUAUGUUGCCCCUGGGUCAUGUGAUUUAUAGACACAAUGAUUUUCAUUCUAUGCUAGUGACAACCAGCUUUGCAUCGCUUUUAAUAGUACGAACAUUUCCUCACUCAUUAAUUGUAGUACUGAACAUCUAGAGCCUCUCUAAGCAAAUAUUAUUAACAGCUGCAAAAACUGGAAGUCUUUUUGACGAUGUUCUUGAGAAACACAUCAGCUCAGAGGUUCAUUCAUGUUUUUUAUCAGCUAAGAGAACUCUCCAAAAGCACAUUCAAAUCCCAGAAAACACCCCAAGUGCUAUGAAGAUUAAGAUUAUUAUUAUUAUCAUUAUUUGUACCUGAUUUUUAGCAGUUGAUGGUUAUUUUGGUGGAGUUAAGUCUAAGUGAAUUGAUAAUGGAUUCUGGUCACUUCAUACAGUGAAUAUUGGACAGUACUUUAAGAGUGAUGGUUUCUUUUAUUGUCUUAUUUUGUCUGGUGGAUGUAUGAAUUUCUUUCAUUGUCACUAUUUUAUACAGUAUGUAAUUUGAGAAGAAUCAAAAUAUGUUUUUAAGUUGCCAAUUAAAUUUUUUUUUUGGCAAUUAAUAGAGGUUUCAGUGCUUAAAAUAACUGCUGUGUUCAUCCUGCAUUUUAAAGAUCAAACAGUCACACUUGGAUUUAUCAGCUCAAAUGUAGGGAAAUGCUAUUUGAAAGUAAGGCUUUUGAUAGAUUGAGUGUGCAAUCAUUUAAUUUUUUUUCUGUUGUAACAUAAAGUAAAGGCCAUGUUUGACCUAAUUCCAUAUCAUUAUCAUUUAACAGGAAAAAACAAACAAACAAUAAACACAAUUUUAUAAUUAGUUAAUGUACAUUUAAUGUACUUCUUUUUGGAAUUUAACUCACAUAGUACAGUUCAUAUUUUCACAUUAUAACAUGCAGCGCCAGCGCCACAUACAGGAUAAAUCAUUAAAGACAAUCAUAAAAUAGAGUCAAUCGAAUUGUGUGUGUAGGAGUGUUCCACAGUGUCAUAAAAUUUCAGACAGGCCUUGUAAUGCAGCAGCUUCUCUGUCAGAGGGCUGAUGGUCAGCGCUUUACCCUGCACACUCAGGUCUAUGUACCUGGACAUAAUCAGAAUAACAAGCACACAACUUUAGAUGUCAGAAAGGACAGUAUUAAACAAUUUUUUUCAUUGUAAAAAUGUGAUUUUGGCAUGUACUCCAAGUAAGGAAAAGGUAAUACUGUACCUGUAGGACACAUUCCAAAACACAACUGUAUUUAUAGCCAUGAGGGUGGCCAGGAGGAAGAAGAACCUCUCCAGAUUCCCAUCGUGCAGUAUGCUCGGGUAAAAAUUGCCUGUAACCAAUUAUCACUGUUGUUUUAUUUAGUGCAAUGACUCCUACCCUUUUGAAUAAAUCACAAUUUUCAAAGUUAUUAAAAAAAACAAAACAACAUACAAUACAUAAUUUGAAAUUA